AUGGCGGCGUUGCGCACUGGACUUACAACUUCCAUCUUGCUCUUUGGCAAAGCAAUAAUAUCUCUUUUACUAGCAACCAGUUUUCCAAGUACGUUACAUCCGGUCCAGAAUCAUACCAAAAUCCCCUCGAGAAUUUCUACCAAACUCGUCAACAUAUCACCAGAAACCUUACGUUGCGCGCUUCCGUACACCUGCCAUCUGCGACUCGCAGCAAUGGCGCCCUCGGCAAUGGAAGGGGUUGUCAGCACACGGGAUGCCUGGAUGACCCUCCCACCACCGACAUUGCACCCGGUCAAGGAAGCCAGAUUCGAGAAAUACCUCGAGCCACAAACAGACGGCCGCAAGCGCGCCCUAGCCUUGCCUCAAGGGCAGGCCGCGAUUGUCAUUGAUAAUGGCUCCUACAAUGUCCGCGCAGGCUGGUCCUUCGAGGACAAACCCCGAUUGUCCAUCCCCCCGAUCAUGUCCAAGUACCGAGAUCGCAAGUUAGCCAAGACCUUUUCGUUCGCCGGCCAGGACUGCUACGCCGACACCACUGCGAGGGGACAUAUCCGCAAUGCGUUCGAGGCCGGGACUGGCAUCGUAAGCAACUGGGAUGUGAUGGAGCAUGUUUUGGACCACAUCUUCAUCAAGCUUGGCAUGAAUGGGGUGGAGGGCGGGAUUGAUAUGCCUAUUGUUAUGACGGAAGCUGUCGCCAACUUUCCAUACUCGAGGAAAUCCAUGGCUGAAAUCAUCUUUGAGUGCUACCAAGCACCAAGUCUCGUCACUGGCAUCGACUCUCUCUUCUCAUACCGCCACAACAAGGGCGACACAGGCCUUGUCGUAUCCUCAUCAUACAGCUCAACCCAUCUCAUUCCUAUCUACAACCAAAAACCCAUGCUAGCUCAAGCUACGAGGUUGAACUGGGGCGGCUGGCACGAGGCGGAAUACCUUCUCAAGCUCAUCAAGCUGAAGUACCACACCGGUUUCCCCGGGAAGCUGAACGCCUCCCAGGCUGAGCAAAUGGUGCGGGACUUUUGCUACGUAUCUCUAGACUACGACAAGGAACUCUCGGGGUACCUAGAAUGGACCGGCCUGGAGGACAGAGAACGCAUUGUGCAAUAUCCUUACACCGAAGAGGUCAUUAUUCAGAAAUCGGAAGAGGAACUUGCACGGAUCGCUGAGCGCAAGAAGGAAAGCGGCCGCAGACUACAGGAGCAAGCCGCCAAGAUGCGCCUCGAGCGGCUGAUGAAGAAGGAAGAGGAGCUGGAAUACUACAAAGAUGUCCAGAGGCGGCUGGUUGACCAGACCAAGAAGGAGACGAAGCGGAUCCUCGAUGAUGCUGAAGUCAAGGACGAGGCACAGCUCGAGAAGAUUAUCAAGGAGCUGGAAAAGACAAUCAAGAAGCAGCGGACAAAGGACCUGGGUGAACCAGAGGAGGAGCAGGAAGCCCCUGAUUUUAGCCUCCUAGACGUGCCGGAUGACCAGCUCGACGAGGCGGGGAUCAAGCAAAAGAGGCAGCAACGGCUGCUGAAGUCCAACCACGAUGCGAGGGCGAGGGCCAGGGCGGAGAAGGAAGCUGAAAAGGCGAGGAUAGCAGAGGAGGCGAGGUUGGACGAGGAGAGGAGAACGAAUGAUCUCGAGGCGUGGCUGGAAGACAAGAGGCAGGCGAGGUUGGCGAAGCUGGCGCAGAUCAAGGAACGGGAUCGGCUGAAGGCUGAUUUGGGCAAUCGCAAGUCGCUCGCCAGCCAAAUACGCAUGAAGAACAUUGCCAACCUGGCCUCGGACACACCUACGGGCGGGAGCCGCAAGCGGAGGCGCGGAGGGGAUGAUGAUGACUUUGGGGCGGAUGAUGCUGACUGGGGUGUUUACCGGUCGGUGGCUAUCGGCGCCAACAAGGGGGACUCUGACGACGACGAGGAGGGGGAAGAAGAUUUGGAGGCUGCGGUGAGGGCGCUGGAGGCGGACUUGCUGGAGUAUGACAAGGAUUUUACUUACGAGAACACGCUUGAGGCGCAGAACGACUGGUCCAAGAGUCUGCUGCAUGCGUUUCGGUAUGGGCCGAGACCGUUUGAUCCUUCUAAUCCGGCCGAGACGCACAGGCUGCAUCUUAAUGUGGAACGGAUAAGGGUGCCGGAGGUGAUUUUUCAGCCGAGCGCGAUCGCGGGGGUUGAUCAAGCGGGCAUUGUGGAGAUUGCGGGGGAUAUUUUGAAUCAGAGGCUGAUGGGGUUGGGAGGGGAGGAGUAUAGGGAUGAGUUUCUGAGGGAUGUUUUCCUUACGGGGGGGAAUACGUUGUUUGAGAACUUUGACGAGAGGCUGAGGAGGGGGUUGAUGGGGUUGUUGCCUGCAGGGAGUGAGUUGAGGGUUAGGAGGGCGGGGGAUGCGGUGCUGGAUGCUUGGAGGGGGGCGGCGGGGUGGGCGGGGACGGGGGAGUGCAGGAGGGCGAGGGUGACGAGGCAGGAGUAUGAGGAGAAGGGGGGGGAGUACAUGAAGGAGCAUGAUUUGGGGAAUGCCUUUGCUGGGUAGAUCGGUUUACACAGAGACAUAGCAGGGAGAAAAUGCAGGUGAUCGUGGGACAGGAAAGGGCGCGAUGGUUUCGGAUGCCUGGAAGGUCUGCAUAAUGCGAUAGGCAUAGCAGUGUUAUAAGAUGUUUAUUCAUGUAUUGUUCCAGUUUUGGGACUGUUGAAAAUGUCCUUGCGAGAAGUCUCUCGUGGUGUGAACACCUCAUAUAUCUGCUGCCCCUUCUACACCUAGACUUGGGACUGCUAAGUAUGGCUACUAUCCUCUCAUAAAACCCACCACAUAUGAACACACAAUCCGCCCC